AUGGCUGGGUUCUCUGAGGAGGCCGUCCUCUCUAUUCGGGAGACUCUCUCGCACUUUGUUAGUGGCGUUACCGGGGGCCGUAAGAUCGAUUCCGAUGCCCUCACGUUGACCCAUAUUGAGAAGCUCCGUGCUGCAGUGCUGUCGGAACUGGAGUCAUCGAGCCUCCGGGCACACAUGGGCCUGAUCAACUCCAAAAAUCAGGUUACUUCUGCUUGCUAUGUAGCAGCCGACUUCAACUGGUCACACCCGUUCGAGUAUCAGGUUAUAGUAGCGCAACCGUCAAUCUUCUUUUUCCACGCCGAUGACAUUCUUGAACACAAGCCCGAAGUUUUGCGGCAGCUGCAGCGCAACGUUGCCACAGGACAGCCAACGGGCGAUCCGGUACUCGACUGGUUUGUCCGUGAGCUGACUCCAAAGCUGUGGAAGCACUUUGAUCCGCUCGUCGCCAACAUGCUUGUCACGGGGCUGUCACCCAUGUACUCCCUCCUGGCACUAGCUCGCGCCUCGGACCCUCAACUGCCCACAGGAACAGGCAGCCUCGAGAAGUAUGUCCAGACCAUCCCCGACGUCAUCAUCUUCACCAACAUCGUCAACGACGUCAUCUCGUGGUACAAGGAGCAUCUGGCCGGAGAGCAAAAGAACUACAUUGCCAUGCGUGCCCACAAGGACGGAGUCGAUGUGGUGACGGCGCUUCGCACUGUGGCUGACGAGGGCAUUCGCGUCUACAAUCGUGUGCUGGCUGCUCUGGCCGACGAGCCCGAGUAUCGCGCCAACUUUGACGCAUACGCCAAGGGCAUCACUCACUUCCAUACGUAG